UAGCUGUCAAUCAACAAGACAGUUUGAUACAGUAUCCACUACUCAGGCAUUUUCUUAAGUUAUCAGAAUGAAAACAGUAAUGCUAUUUCUUUGUGCCGUGAUGGCUGGUGUUAUUGCAGAGCCAGAAGCCGAUGCUAAACGUUACACGAAACCAUCUUACGCGAAGCCUAAAGAAGAAAACGAUUAUUGCCACCCUCGCAAGGCACCAAUGUGCUCGAAAAACGGCACAUUAUCUUUCUGUUUUGAAGAUACUGAGUACCCAGUCAAAGAGGUGAAAUACGCCAUCGAAUACGAUCCUUUGGUGCUAAAGAAAUAUGCUGAUGUUGAAGAUCAAUCGGCUGAUAAUUUAGUUGAUGGCCUGACAUCCUUAUCGGAGGACCAUUUUGAGUACCCUGAUUAUAACGGCACAGCGUUCGAAAAGGGCAAUUGGAUUGGAGACGAAGGAUACAUCUGCCCCAGCGACGUCCUCUACACCCGGCCUCUUCGUGCCGUGAAUGCUGACGGUGAAUGGCGUGUCAUCGUGCAAGAUAUUGCUUGGCCAGGAUACACACAGACCCAACGGAUCGAGACUUGUUUGUUUCCUGGAGCAUCUUGUCGUACUGUCUCUCCCUGCUAUGGCAGUAAAUGCCAUCAAAAGUACGUCUAUCAGCGAAUGCUUUCCUUUGAUCCUUGUGAUCCUGAGAAGGGAAUUUUUGUUGACAUCUACAAGUUGUCAUCAGCUUGUUCAUGUCGAGUGACAAGAAAACUUUAAUGAAUUCAAAUAUCCUGUAUACUUUAUACCUACGUAGUCCACAUUGUAUCUUUAUGAAACCCAAAUACUAUAGCGUGAUUUUAUUGAAAAGAGUAAAAUAAAAAUGUGCUUGACACCUAG